AUGAUGUUGGAUGCUUCAGCCGGAGGCAGUAUCAAUAGAAAGACUGAAGAUGAGGCUUAUGAGUUGAUUGAGGAGAUGGCUCUGAAUGAAGUAUCUCAAAGUGAGAGGGGAGUACAGAAAGGAGGACUUUUGCAUCUCCCUGUUAAUGAUGCAAUGGCUGCACAAAAUCAUCUCCUUAACCAAAAAUUGGACAAGUUAACAAAGGUCCUUUCUGAAUUUCAAACGGGGUUAAGGGAUAUUUCUCAGACUCAACAACUUUGCGAUUUAUGCGGUGGUGACCACAUUAAUGGUCAAUUCGCUUUUCCUGAACAAAUGCAACAGGAUGUCAACUACAUGGGGAAUCAAUUCCCGUUCAAGCAGGGUAACUUUAACCAAGGCAACUCUAGCCAAAGUUGGAAGAACCACCCCAGCAUUGGACAAAACCAGAAUGCUUCUUCUGGGCAAGUAGGAGGCUUCCGGCAACAACAACCCUCUCCUUUACGGCAGCAAGUAAGCAGCUUGACAGAGACGACUGGCCAACUGUCAAAAAGGUUAGAAACCACUGAAAAGAAUCAUUUUAGGGCUAACACUGAAGUUAAUCCUAAGGACGAGUGCAAAGCUAUUCUGACAAGCCAGAAAAGGAAGGCAGAAGGUGAACCAAUUGACUUUGAAAGCAACGAAGGAGGAGAUGAGGAGAUGAUGAGUGCUGAAAAAGUCAAUGAUGAAAGAAGCAAGGAAGAUAAAGUUGAAAUCAUUGAUGAGGAAGAGGAUCCUGAAGAAGAAAUCAUUAAGCCAGAAAAUGAAGAGCAAGUUGAACUCACUGAUGAAGAAGAAGAUCUUGUUCUUCUACCUCAGAAGAGGAGUCAUCCGCCUAAGAUAGAAGAUUCAGGAUGUUUAACAAUAUCAUGUGUUCUGAAUGAUUUUGAUGUAGGAAAAACUAUGAUAGACUCUAGGGCUAGCAUCAAUAUGAUGCCCAAGCAUUUUUUAUGGAAAAUCAGAGGGCUGAUAUUGAAGUCGUCUAUUGUUACGGUGACGGUGGCUGACGGAUCUAUAGCGGAACCACUUGGUAUAGUGGAGGAUGUUGUUGUGCGAGUGGAUAAGCUAGAGUUUCUAGCUGAUUUCGUUGUCAUGGAUGUGGAGAAUGAUGAAAAGAUACUUGUGAUCUUGGGAAGACCCUUUAUGCCAACGCCAAAGAUGUUUAUUAGUAUGCAUGAUAAAAGAAUAAUGAUGAGAGAUGAGGAAUAUUUGCUCCUAUACAAUGGUUAUGAGGAGGAUGAGGUUAAACUGGUGAGAAGGGACAGACAUGAGAAGCUAGAGAAAGAAGCUACAUCUGAAGAUAGCACCUCAAGUAUUGAUUAUACUGACAGUUGUAAUAUGUUGCAGGUACCUAUCCAUCCUGAAUUAAAGGAAGACCCAUUUCAUCCAGGCAUUAAAGUGAAAUAUAAGAAGAAGGAAUGGGUGUUGAAGGAGCUGAAAGAGAAAGGGAUGGUAGAGAUCGAGGCACCGUACAGUGGACAAACUAAGCAAGUGGAUAAAAGAAAGCUGAGGAUUCGGUGUACUGGAGACACCAAUAAAAAGGACAACACGUGA